CUUAACACGACGUGCAUUCAAUCGAGUGAGCGAAGUCGAGGAGAUCCAGAUGCAGACAAUUAUGAUGAACAUUGUCACCGAAUUGACCACCCCCACCACCGACGGCACCAAUGGCAUCUCUUCUAAUGAACACGCCACCAUCACAAGAACUUUGUGCGACUGAUUUCGACCUCGAUUUCGCAGUCCAAGCGGGAGAUGAAAUUGUGGAGAUAGCUAGCUAAGUCUUACUGAAGUAGGAGGCUCUGUAAUGGAGAUGACGAAGCAGAAGGGAAUGCCUCCGCCGGCGCUGGCUGAGCCACCUGGACCCAAGGAGCAAGGGAACAAUGGAGCAAAGGUGCAUGCUUGGUUUGGAGAGACGAAGACGCUGGCGGUGCUCGCUUUGUUCACCUUCCUCCUGCUUCUCACUGUGCUUUCGGGAGCCCAUAGAAGAUUAUCUCUCGAUCAGGUGUUCUCGAGGCCAGCAGAGGUCUCGCAAGGAGUGUUCAAUACGAGUUGCACUGCCAAUUCUUCCAGUGGGGAACCUCCGGUAGACAAGUCGCUUGGUGGUCUGCUCUCCAGCGCAUUCGACGAAGCCUCUUGCCGGAGCCGCUUCGAGGCUGCGCGACUGUGGAAGCCGUCAAACCACACCCCUUCUCCGUAUCUCUUACAGAAGCUACGAAGUUACGAAGCUCUCCACAAAAAGUGUGGCCCCAACACUGAGCUCUACAACAAGAGCACAGAGCAGUUGCUGUCGAACCGCAGCAUGGGGCCGAUGGAGUGCAACUAUGUGGUAUGGAUGCCAUCGGAUGGCUUAGGCAACAGGAUGAUUAGCAUCGCCUCAGCUUUCCUCUACGCUCUCCUCAAUGACAAGGUCCUUUUGUUGUUCCUUUCGGAAGACAUGAACGGUCUCUUCUGCGAGCCAUUUCCUGACACAACUUGGGCUCUGCCUUCCGAUUUCCCUAUCAAGAACAUCCGAUGGAUCUGGAGCUUUGACAAAGAUCCAAAUCGAUUCGGAAGCAUGAUGAAGAAAAAGUUGCUCAGCAAUCGCAUGAGCAUUGCCAAUGGUUCAUUUUCGCUGCCACCUUAUCUCUAUCUUCACCUCAUACACGAUAACGACGACUACGAUAAGAUGUUCUACUGUGAAGAAGCUCAGCUACUGCUUCAACAUUUCCCCUGGAUAUUGCUGAGGUCGAAUCAAUAUUUUGUGCCCUCUUUGUUCCUCGUACCUAAAUUUGAGGAGGAAUUAAGGUUACUCUUCAAUGAGAGGACGGCCGUCUUCCAUCUCUUGGGAAGAUACCUGUUCCACCCAUCCAACUCGGUCUGGGGUUACAUAACAAGGUACUACCAAGCAUAUCUAGCAAAUGCAAAGGAAAGGUUAGGGAUGCAGAUAAGAAUUUUUGGAGAUGUCGACUUCAACAGCCACUCCGGUUAUAUAAUUGGCUGCGCGCUGACAAGAAAGCUUUUACCCGGCCUUGAUACAAAAGGUAGUGCUCUUCCAAACAUCACUGGAGCGAAGCCAAAAGCUGUUCUUGUGACGAGUUUGAGCAAUGGAUACUUCGAGAGGCUGAGAGACAUGUACUAUGAGCAUGCAACGGUGACCGGAGAGGUGAUUGGCGUUUAUCAACCCAGCCACGAAGAGCGACAGCACACAGAGAAGCUCAAUCACAACAUGAAGGCUCUUGCAGAAAUUUAUCUUUUGAGCUUCAGUGAUUCGUUGGUCACCAGUCCAUUUUCUACCUUUGGGUAUGUGGCACAAGGUCUCGGUGGUACAAGACCGUGGAUGCUUGUGAGGCAUGAUAAGGACAAUCUUUGCCUGCAAUCCUCGACGAUGGAACCCUGCUUUCACUUCCCUCCAUCUUUUGAGUGCAAAUCGAGAAGGAAAAUGAACCUCGGAUCAGUAGUUCCAUAUUUGAGGCACUGCGAAGACUUUCCUCGUGGCAUAAAAUUGUUUAAUUAGACAAGGAAGCAUCCCCAAGACCAAUUAUGAACAAUCUGGUAUAUUCUUGUAGCUUUAAAUACUCAGUGCCUGUUUAAUUUUGUAUUGGAGUUCUUUUUCUCCUACCAUAAGAUUUGAGUACAAAAUGCUACAAAUUGAUGUC